AUCCAGUUAUUCGAUCACUACUUGUUAUAUCUAGCUUAGACAAUAAUUUUGCUUAUUACCUUUUCCUUCCUGCUUCAAACCAAUAAGUUGCAAGCGCCAUGGAAAGAACAUCAUCCCUUCUUCCUAUACAGCCACCGACUUAUGGAAACCUAGUCACCAUUCUCAGCAUUGACGGAGGUGGAAUAAGGGGGAUUAUCCCAGGAACUAUUCUCGCAUUCCUUGAAUCACAACUUCAGAAACUCGACGGUGAGGAUGCGAGACUUGCAGAUUAUUUCGACGUUAUUGCAGGGACAAGCACAGGUGGUCUUGUUACAGCUAUGUUAACUGCACCAAAUGAAAACAAUCGUCCUCUGUUUGCUGCUAAAGACAUCGUUCCUUUCUACCUUGAAGAUUGCCCUAAAAUUUUCCCACAGACAAGUGGUAUUUUUGGAUCGGCUUUAAAUCUAAUCAAGCUAAUGAAUGGACCCAAAUAUGAUGGGAAGUAUCUUCACAGCCUCGUAGAAAAGAAGCUCGGAGAAACGCGGUUGCACCAAACCUUGACCAAUAUUGUUAUCCCCACUUUUGAUAUAAAGCGUCUACAGCCCACCAUCUUCUCCUCCUAUGAGGUGAAGAAAAGCUCGACCAUGGAUGCUCGGCUCUCUGAUAUUUGCAUUAGCACUUCCGCAGCUCCGACUUACCUUCCGGCCUAUUAUUUUAAAACCCAAGAUCAAGAUGGGAAUGAGCGGGAAUUCAACCUUAUUGAUGGUGGCGUUACUGCCAAUAAUCCGGCCUUGGUUGCAAUUAGCGAAGUGACCAAGCAGAUCACCAAAGAAAAUCCUGAUUUCUUCCCAAUUAAGCCCAUGGAUUAUGGUAGAUUUCUAGUCAUCUCCAUUGGAACCGGCACGGCAAAGAUGGAACAGAAAUACAACGCUAACAUGGCAACCAAGUGGGGAAUCAUACAGUGGCUCGUCAAUGGUGGUUCAACUCCACUAGUGGAUGUGUUCACUCAGGCGAGUGGAGAUAUGGUUGAUUAUCAUAAUGCUGUGGUCUUUCAAGCCCUAAAAUCUGGAAGUAGCUAUCUCCGAAUUCAGGACGAUACAUUGGUCGGAGAGAUAUCUUCAGUUGAUAUCGCCACCAAAGAAAACUUGGACAAUCUGGUGAAAGCAGGAGAAGCAUUGUUGAAGAAACCAGUUUCUGGAGUGAAUUUGCAAACGGGUAUCUUUGAACCUAUCACUAACGGUGGAACCAAUGAAGAAGCUCUCAAGAAGUUUGCAAAGCAACUUUCAGUAGAAAGAAGACUUCGGGAAGCAAGAUCGCCCAAUACCAAAUUUAAUUUGGAAAUAAUAUGACUUAAUUUGUGAACUUUUAGCCCAAGCUUGGAUUGUACUGUACUGUGGUGAAUAAUUUUGUUUCAGUACUUUUAUACUUUAUUAGACAUUUUGUAAGACAAUUAAUUCAUUAGAACCAUACAGAAAAGUUUUAUUAGCUAU